GUUUCCGUGGGCUCUGUGGUUCUAUUGCAACAUCUUGACAAGGAAAUUGCGGGCUCUGUGGUUCUGUUGCAACAUCUUGACAAGGAAAUUCCCUUCAAGGUGUCCGUGGGGUCUGUGGUUCUGUUCCAACAUCUUGACAAGGAAAUUCCCUUCAAGGUGUUUGUUGGCUCUGUGGUUCUGUUGCAACAUCUUGACAAGCAAAUUCCCUUCCAGGUGUCCGUGGGCUCUGUGGUUCUAUUGCAACAUCUUGACAAGGAAAUUCCCUUCAAGGUGUUUGUUGGCUCUGUGGUUCUGUUGCAACAUCUUGACAAGGAAAUUCCCUUCCAGGUGUCCGUGGGCUCUGUGGUUCUGUUGCAACAUCUUGACAAGGAAAUUCCCUUCAAG